AUAAUUUAAAAACCAGUACUUAUGUUCUGUCCUUAAUUCAACUUAAACACAACCAAAUAAAAACACUUUAAAUAACAUUCGUUUAUACAUGUUCUAGUUCUAACAACAGUCAAUAUAGCAGUGACCAUGGCCUUCUCAAAUGUGUAUAGUUGCUGCUGCUUCUUCUUCUUCUCCCUCGCUGUCCUUGCCAUCUUCGCCGCCGCGCCCACGAUGUCUCAGCCGCAGACCUGCAACGGGAUAUUCCUGUCCUACGUGUACACCGGCGGGAGGCAGCUUCCGCCGGUGUUAUCCGACCCUACGCAGCAACCGUACCGGUUCGAGUCGACAUUGACGGUGAUCAACAAUGGACUAGAGGAGCUCAAGUCAUGGAGUGUCUUCUUGGGGUUUCAGCACCGGGAGUGGUUGGUGUCCGCGUCUCACGCGGUGCUUGCAGACGGCACUAGCCUCCCUGGCCACGUCGGGAAUGGCACUGUUUUAGCUGGGUUGGCUGUGAAGGAUCUGAAGACGGCAGCGGAGACUGCAGGGGACGUGAGCCAGAUGCAGGUUCGGGUGGAAAUGGUGGGGACACAGGUGGGAGUGGCGCCACCGAGUGUGCCCAUGCCUUCCAGCCUAAGAGUGGCUAAUGAUGGGUUCUUGUGUGGUGAACCCACCCGUCAAGGGACCAAUGAGACUCAUGUGUGUUGCACAAGUGAUCCCACUUUCAAAUCAAACAUCACCACAGACUUAGAGUUCCAACCCCAACAGAAUGGUGAUGUUACCAUCACAUAUGAUGUGAUCCAAGCUUAUGAUUCCAAUUACUUAGCAGAGGUUACAAUUGCCAACCACAACCCCCUAGGCCGUAUUGACAACUGGAAACUAAGCUGGAAAUGGAACAAUCAAGAGUUCAUACACACAAUGAAAGGUGCUUAUCCAUCAGAAGUAGACUCUUCUGAAUGUGUCCUUGGUCCUCAAGGUGUGUUCUACAAGGACCUUGACUUCACCAAUGUGUUGAACUGUCAAAGAAGACCGACCAUCAUUGAUCUCCCUCGCACAAGGUUCAAUGAUUCAGACCUUGGCAAAAUCCCUUUUUGCUGCAGGAAUGGCACCUUGCUUCCACCAUCAAUAGACCCUAGCAAGUCAGUUUCAAGGUUCCAAAUGCAGGUCUUCAAAAUGCCGCCAAACGUUAACCGCUCCAACCUCGCUCCGCCACAUAACUGGGAGAUCAAAGGUGAAGCCCUCAAUCCUGAUUACAAAUGCGGUAACCCGAUCCGGGUUAGUCCUAGUGAAUCUCCAAACCCAAGAGGGUUACAAUCAAACAUAUCUGCAAUUGAAACUUGGCAGAUUGUGUGCAACAUAACAAGGUCAAAUACAGCCCCUAAAUGUUGUGUAUCAUUUUCAGCAUAUUACAAUGAAUCUGUUAUUCCUUGCAAUACAUGUGCAUGUGGGUGCCCUAGUAACCAAGACAGAACAUGCAGCACUUCUGCACCUGCUAUGUGGCUCCCAGCAGAUGAUGCACUACUUGUUCCUUUCGAGAAUCGAAGUAAAAAGGCGGUUACUUGGGCUGACAUGAAAGAUCUACCAGUGCCAAACCCUAUGCCAUGUGGUGAUAACUGUGGUGUGAGCAUAAACUGGCAUGUGCAUACUGAUUACCAUAGAGGUUGGACUGCAAGGAUCACACUUAUUAACUGGGGUGAGACAGAGUUUGCAGAUUGGUUUGCUGCAGUAGAAAUGGACAAAGCUGCAGCAGGUUUUGAAGAAAUGUAUUCAUUCAAUGCAAGCACCUUAGGGAGCAUGAACAAUACAAUAUUCAUGCAAGGUAAGCUGGGAUUGAAUUAUCUUGCAGCAGAAACAGAUGGACAUGAUCCUAGAAGAGAUCCUAGGGUGCCCGGGAAUCAGCAAUCAGUGAUCUUAUUCACUAAGAAAACUACUCCUGGAAUCAAUGUGGUUGGUGGUGAUGGGUUUCCCAGUAAAGUCUUCUUCAAUGGAGAAGAAUGUUCUCUUCCUUCAGUGUAUCCUAGCAGUGGUUUCAGGAGGGAGUUUUCAUUGGCUACUAUAAUGUUCAUAAUACUGUCGCCGAUCAUUUUGAUGCGGCAAUAGUGGUAUUGUUUGAUUUUCAAUUA